AUGGCCACGGGGCAUGGUCUUCCUCCUGGCUACCGUUUCGUGCCCACUGACGAGGAGGUGGUAGAGCUUUGCCUGCUCCCUCGCAUCCAGGACCAGCCCCUCCUGCCGAACGACAUCAUCGAGGACGAUCCGCUGAGCGCGCCGCCGUGGGCUCUCCUCGAGAAGCACGGGUGGAGGCACCAGGCCUUCUUCUUCGCGGCGUGUCAGGCCAUGAACGCCAAGGGCAACCGCCAGAAGCGCGCCUGCGCGGGACACGGGACCUGGCAAGGGCAGGGCAAGAAGAAGCUGCGCGUGCGCGUGCACGGCAGCGCCGAGAAGAUCGAGAUCGAGUGGGACAAGUACGGGCUCAACUUCCAGGAGCAUGGUGUCAAGGACAGCACGGGCUGGGUCAUGCACGGGUACUCCAUCACCGCGCCGCCCGAGCUCGCGCGGUCGCCGGUGAGGGUGUACUGCAUCCGCUUCAGCGGCCACGGCAGGAACGCCAAGAAGAACAGCAGGGAUGCACAGCAUAGGGGCGAUGACGACGAGUUCGAGGAGGACGAGGAGGAAGGGGACGAUGCAGCAGGAGCAAUCGCCACCGCUACCUGUAGUCCCGCGGAGGAAGACGCUGCCCUGUUCAUCAAUGCGUACCCGCCGGCACCGCAGCUCGAAUACGACACUUCUUUUCCUGUGGUGGUGGCGGAUGUUGUCAACCCCAACAAUCCUGCUGAUGGGGCGGACGCAAUAGCAGGCUAUGAUCAAGACUUGGACUUGCCCGCGGUAGGUACUGCCUUUUUUUAUGUUUUUGUGAAACUGAGUUUGUACCGCCUUGAUAGUACUGGUUUAACCUUCUUGACGGGGACGGGGACGGGGGAGGAACUUCCCCCGUUGGCAUUCACGGGGAUGGGGAUGGGAAAAAUUUUGCCCCGCGGGGACGGGGAUGGGAAGCUGUCCCACGAUAGGGAAUUCCCCGUUGACAUCUUGAUCAACAGGCUUCGAAGCGAUCCUUGCAUCUGUUGGGGCGGACUUUUGUACUAUAGAGCUAAUCCAAAGCAAUUAUCGCCCGAUUAA